UUUUUUUUCCUACCAAUUUUCAAUGAAUAUACACAUAUUCACAUUCAUUCACCCUAGUCAUCUUCUAUAGAGGCCCCACUUUCACCUGCCACUCAACUCCAAAUCCAUAAAACCACACUCCAACCUUCAAAACAAUCCCAAGAAAAUUCCCCAAUAAACAAGAAAGCCAUCUUUCGACUUUCUUACUUUCUUUGAACAUGAGCAAAAUCGUUGCUGUAUUAUUGGCGGUAGCGCUAGCGGCGGCGCAAAGCUCAGGCGAAACACCUUCAUGCGGGUCGAAGCUAACGGCGUGCGUGAACUACUUGAACUCCACCACUACGCCGCCGCCAAGCUGCUGUAACCCACUUAAAGAAGCGGUGACCAAUGAAAAGCAAUGCUUAUGCAAUAUAUACAAUAAUCCCAAUUUAAUUCAAGCUCUUGGUAUUAAUAUUACUCAAGCUAUGAAUCUUCCUAAGCUUUGUCAUAUUGAUACUGGCAAAUCUCCUGAUAUAUGCAAAGGUUUAGCAAAUUCCCCAUCAUCUUCAACUCCUUCAGGAAGCAGUCCUCCUGGCAAUGCUGCUGGUAGGAUUACAGGAGCUGGAUUAGUUGCCAUCUUACUCAUGCUUGGAGCAUUCUUCAUGUUCUAUUAGAUUGCAAUUGCAUGUAUUUUCAAUUUUCAAUUUUCAAUUUUCAAUUUUCAUGUAUUACCAUUUCAGUUUGCUCCACGUUAAAUCAAAGGUUGAUCAUUGUUUGCCUCGGGUGUUUAUGUAUUUAUUUAUCUCCUGUUAUACUAGUAUUAUGGUAUAUCUUUAUUUUUAGAACA